AUGUACACGCCGAUCGCGCUUACGAUUUUGAUCGUCAUCCAAGCUGCAUCCAAGUUGGCCCCGGCCGACCCAUUCGCCCACUACGGAACAUCACUGUAUCGCACCAUCGACCCCGGCGUAGAUGAGUUGAUUAGAAACUUAAACCGCUCGAGCGGAAUUCAACCAUGGGAGGUAGGAAAUUUAGUAGAAAGCGAUAUGCGACUGCCAGUGCCCAAAUUACGGAAUGGUCUGAAGGGAAAUGCGUCGGAUUUCUUUCGUUGGCCAAACGCCACCUUGAUUUACAAGCUUGAUGGACAUUUUAAUAGGACUGAGCGGGCCUUCAUCCUCGGAGCGAUGCGAGAGUUUGAAAAGUACACUUGUGUUCGGUUUAAGGAACGUACCGAUGAGAAGUCGUACGCCUCGAUCGACAACAGUGACUACGGUUGUUGGGCCGAUGUUGGUCGAGGAAUUGGAAAAACCUUGGUUAACCUCCAGCAGGGUUGUGCGGAUGCUCUAACAACUCCAAUACACGAACUGAUGCAUGCGUUGGGCUUCUUUCACGAGCAUAACCGGCUGGAUCGAGAUCAGUUUAUCGAGGUAGUAUACGAUCACAUGAUUCCCGAUCCGUCGAUCUACUUCAACUUCCAGCUGUCUGAGGACCAUGAUGUAACGAAUUUUAGCAUACCGUACGACAUCGGAAGCAUUAUGCACUACUCGAAGUACUCAUUCUCGGUUCAACCGGGUAAGUUGGAAACAAUGCGACCGAAAGUGGCCUGGAAUGGUACGUUCGGCCAGAGAGAAACACUCUCGAAGUAUGAUGCACUGCUAAUCAACAUAAUGUACUGCGGUGCUCCCGUACCAAAGGAACCACUACCUGUACCAGAUCAGUGGAUUCCGGCGGAACCUUUGGUACGUUACGAUACGACGACGGUAAAUCCUGUUCGUUCUACUACCUUACGUAUUCUUCAAACGAAGCCAACUGUUGCCAAAAUGACUUCCAAAGAGAGGGAACGAAUGCAAAGGGAGUUGAUAAAUCCUCCAAAAGUACCGCGUAUUUCGAGUCCCCAAACCUGCCCUCUGUUCAUUGAUAUCAAUGCCGCUUAUGACGGUGUAAACUGGAAAGAGUUACGGAACAUUCUGGACGAAUACGGCUUUCCGGUACUGGACAAUGACCGGGCCAGUGCUACGAUCCUAUUGACGACUCAACAGCCUCUGCCAGUCGAGAAUGGAGCUUGCCAGACGGGUGUCUAG